AUGGAUGCAGUGCACAACCAUGGAAGUAAAAACCACGCGAAAACAUUUCUAGAGGCUGAAAAUAUAGAGGAAGACGAUGAGUCGGUUCUUCUUAGUCAAGGAAAAAUUUCUAGCAAUGAAGAAGAUAGAUUUGCUGAGUCUUCUGAUUCAUCUUCUCAUGACCUCGAAUUGGGUUUCAGAGGGGAGCCAAAAAUGGAACAAAAAGUGAUUCUUGAGCCUUCACCAUCUAUUCCCGAGCCCGAUUGCAUGGUUGAUGGGCAUGGCUAUGAAGGGCUCAUGCUCUUGCGGUCAGUUCACUCUGAUUCGGUUCAAGCACCAGGCGUUUCUCUCUUACCCCCUGGGCCUUCUGAUACCCAAGGUUUCUCAAGUGUGUCUAAAACAAAGUCUCAAACACCCAUGGAAUGGAGUGUGGCCUCGAAUGAAUCUUUAUUUAGUUUUCAUGUUGGAAAUUCUAGCAUCCUGAGAGACCAUGUUUUCCUGCUUGAAAGUCGGGAGCUCACUAAUUUCUCAAAUAGCCCUCCUUUGGGGUCUCGUCCUAUACCGUUUGUAGUGGGGUCUGAUGCCAGAGAGGUGGAAGACGAGCAUGAUUUGGGAACUGAGGUUAGCACUGAUGAUAAGGACGAUGCUCAAAUUUUGCUUGAGGUUAGCACUGAUGAUAUGGAGGAUGCUCGAAUUUUGCUUGAGGUUUACGUCUCCUGA